AUGCCCCUCUGCGGGCGCCUGCUUGGGGCGCUGGGCAGCUUUGCUGCUGCUGGGGUUGGGGUCGUGGCGACUCCUGUGGACCGCCGGCAGCUAGCUGUCGAGACACUGCAGCAGGAGCUGCAGGCCCUCGAGAAAGAACUCAAGGACUGGUUUCUGGAGAGGAAGGUGGCCCUAGAGCGUCACCGCGCUCUGCAUGCGCUGCUGCGGCGGCACAACUUCGUGGGGCUGUCGGUGAAUUGUAAGGAUCUCCCAGACGCCCAGAGAGCCCUGUGGACAGACCUCGUGACUGGGGAGCCGAAGCUCGAGGACGCGCUCAGCGUAGACGCCCGGGAGAUGAAGGCUGAUAUGUACAUGAAAAUGUUUAGAGAGGCGGCUGACUUGGAAAACCCUGUAUGCGUUCCGGGCGUGGCAUAUCUGCGUUGCCUGAAGGAGAACAAGAUGGAAACACACGCACGGCGCUCUGAGAUAUGCCGCUCGCAGUUUGAGGCUUUUGACUCCGCUAGGCAGGCCGUGCUGAUGCAGCAGGCAAACGCCACUGAGAGGGCGAUGGUGAAGCAGAACAUUGCAGACCUCCGUGCUAAAUCUUUGUUCGAGCGCCGGCUGCACGUCCUCGCCCUGCUUGAGGCUGCAAACAGCACUGGCGAACAUCGAGCAGCACAAGCUGCUCCGUCAGCGUGCGCAGCAGCCGCAGCUGCUGCAGCAGCCGCAGCUGCUGCAGCAGCCGCAGCUGCUGCAGCAGCCGCAGCUGCCGUCGCUGCUAAUGCUACUGCAACAGCAGCAGCUGCUGCUACUGUUGCAGCAGCAACAGCAACCUUCAGCCCUCACUCGCUGCAGCUGCAGCUGCAUGCGGCUACGCUGCUGCUGCUGCUGGCUGCUUUUCUCUCGGGGCCCCGAGGGCUCCUCAGCGCCCAAGUCAAAGCAGCACAUUUGCUGCGAGCGCUGGAGCUUAAGGAAGACCCUAGCGACAGCAGCAGCAGCGGUCCAGCAAAGAGAUUCCAUAGCAGCAGUCUGCCAGGCACUGCAGCAACGUCAGCUCGUCUGGGGCAGCAGCGGAAGCCGCUGGAUGUGCGACAGCAGCAGCAGCAGCAGCAGCUCCACUGUUCACGACGCAGCAGAGCCAGUAGCUGA